AUGGGAAAACCAAGACCAAUAUGUGCUUUGGCUUGUCUUCUUCUCUGUGGCCAAGCCAUCUUGAUGAUCACAAAGGUGGAAGCCACUAGCAAUGUUCAUAUUGUUUAUCUAGGAGGGAAGCAGCAUGAUGAUACUAUUCUAACAACAAAUUCACAUCACGAUAUGCUUGCUAGAGUUUUGGGGAGCAAGGAAAUGGCCUCGGAAUUGAUGGUGUACAGCUACAAACAUGGUUUCUCUGGGUUUGCAGCCAAGCUGACAGAGUCUCAAGCUCAAAAAGUUGCCGAAUUGCCUGGCGUUGUUCGAGUUAUACCAAACAGUCUUCACAGGCUAGAAACAACUAGGAGUUGGGAUUUCCUAGGCCUCUCUUCUCAUUCUCCUGUCAAUACUCUUCAUAACAGCAGCAUGGGUGAUGGAGUUAUCAUAGGUGUCCUUGACACAGGAAUAUGGCCUGAGUCUAAAUCUUUCAGUGAUAAAAAACUUGGACCAAUCCCAUCCCGCUGGAAAGGUGUUUGUGAAUCUGGAACGCGCUUUAAGGCUAAAAGUCAUUGUAACAAGAAAAUUAUUGGAGCCCGUUGGUUUGUGGAUGGAUUUCUUGCUGAAUAUGGUCAGCCAUUGAACACAUCUGGCAACCAGGAGUUCUUUUCCCCUAGGGAUGCAAAUGGACAUGGGACUCACACAGCUAGCACUGCAGCUGGUACUUUUGUUGACAAUGUUAGCUACAGAGGCCUUGCGCUUGGAACUAUAAGAGGUGGUGCACCCCGUGCUCGGUUGGCGAUAUACAAGGUUUGUUGGAAUGUUCUUGGAGGACAAUGCUCUUCUGCCGAUAUAUUGAAAGCUUUCGAUGAAGCCAUACAUGAUGGGGUUGAUGUGUUAUCCCUGUCAAUUGGGUCUUCAAUUCCUUUAUUUUCAGAUAUUGAUGAACGAGAUGGCACAGCUACUGGUUCUUUUCAUGCUGUGGCCAAGGGAAUUGCUGUAGUAUGUGCAGCUGCGAAUGAUGGACCUUCAGUUCAGACAGUGCAGAAUACUGCUCCUUGGAUUUUAACCGUUGCAGCCAGCAGCAUGGAUCGAGCAUUUCCUACUCCGAUAACACUUGGGAACAAUAAAACUUUCCUGGGCCAAGCCUUAUAUGCUGGAAAGAAAACUGGUUUCAGAGGCCUGAUUUAUCCAGAGGCUGAGGGACUGGACCCCAACGCUGCAGGUGUCUGCGAAUCUCUCUUAGUUGAUGCUUCUACGGUUGCUGGAAAGGUGGUUCUCUGCUUCACCUCGAAGACUCUCGGAGCUGUAAGAAGUGCCGCAGAAGUUGUCAAGGAAGCACGUGGAGUGGGGUUGAUCGUUGCUAAGAAUCCCAGUGAAGCCUUGUAUCCCUGCACUGAUGGAUUUCCAUGCAUCGAAGUCGACUAUGAGAUUGGAACACGAAUUCUGUUUUACAUCCGGUCUACAAGGUCACCUAUUGUAAAGUUAAGCCCUUCCAAAACACUGGUGGGCAAGCCUGUGUUGGCAAAGGUGGCAUAUUUUUCAUCUAGAGGGCCUAAUUCAAUUGCUCCAGCAAUCCUGAAGCCUGAUAUAGCAGCACCUGGGGUGAACAUUUUAGCUGCUACUUCACCUCUUGAUCUAUUCCAGGAUGGUGGAUAUGUCAUGCAGUCAGGAACAUCAAUGGCAACUCCUCAUGUCUCAGGCAUAGUUGCUCUUCUUAAAGCAGUGCAUCCCGAUUGGUCGCCCGCAGCCAUUAAAUCUGCAAUUGUCACAACUGCAUGGAGAAAUAAUCCAUCAGGUUUUCCAAUAUUUGCUGAUGGAUCUCCUCAAAAGCUGGCCGAUCCAUUUGACUACGGAGGAGGCAUUGCCAAUCCAAAUGCUGCAGCAAACCCGGGCCUGGUUUACGACAUGGGUACAGAUGACUACAUAAAUUACUUCUGUGCUAUGAACUACAACAACACUGCCAUCUCUAGGCUCACUGGAAAGCCAACAGUAUGCCCCAUUGAAAGGCCAUCCAUUUUGAACAUUAACCUGCCUUCCAUAACCAUACCAAAUCUUAGAAAUUCCAUUACCGUAACCAGAACCGUUAAAAAUGUAGGACCUUCCAACUCCAUUUAUAGAGUUGCGAUCGAGCCUCCAUUUGUCAGCAGCGUGUCAGUAGAACCUCAUGUCUUAGUCUUUAACCAUAACACUAAGAAGAUCACCUUCACAGUGACGGUCACCACAACCUACCAGGUGAACACAGGGUACUUUUUUGGGAGCCUAACAUGGACUGAUGGAGUACACACUGAUUAUGGCCAGAGUCGAGAGUACUCGAUGACGAAGGGUAUGGUCCAAUUCCAACACGUUGGAAAGGUCACUGUGAUUCAGGACAACUCUUUAAUGCCACAACAGAUUGUAUUAGAAGAAUGA